AGAAAUCUGGUAAAGUCAGUGAUGAGCAGCCGCGAGUAACAAAGACAAAAUUAACAAACCAAACGGAAGCUGAGCGGAUGUGGGGAGAAAUGGAAUGGAGGGUUUUAAUUUUCAAUUCAACCCAACCAAAUCUUUCGUCUUCUUCUUCCAAAUCUAUCUCUCCCAAUGUAUAAAUUCUCUAUCUCUUCAACCUGAAUUUCUGAUUUCUUCCUCCUCUUCUUCUCUUACCUCUUUUCCUCCGCUUUCCUCCUCAGGGUUUUAGGGCCUUCUAGAUUAACCCUUUCUCUUGAUUUCAUCUGCCUUUCAUUUCCUUCCACCAGAUAUGAAAGAUCCCAACACUGAUUUGUUCGACCCCAGAGCCACGAUUGACUCCGAUUAUCUUCUCAGUGCUUCCACUUCUUCCCGGGAUUCUGAUUUUGGGUUCGCUUUUGACGAUAGUAACUUCUCUGAUCGUUUGCUUAGGAUUGAAAUCGUUGGUGGGUCUGAUGAAACCGACCCGGAAUUUGGUGGGUGUAGCAGUGUCCUCGAUUGGGCUCGUCGAAAGAGGAGGAAAGAGGAAAAGAAAACGGAAAAUGCUUUGGAUCUCAGUAAAUGCCCACAGCAGCAAGUUUUAACCUGUGAUCAGCCUGAUAUGGUCGAUGUCUUGUCCUUCGAAAAUCCAGAUGAGGGACCUGUCGCAAUGAUUGAAGAAUCACUAUCAGGUGAUGAAGGUGCCAAUACCAAUGAUUUAAAUUUGGAUUCUUCUACAGUGAUGAGGGUGAAGACUUUGCAUAUUAGCUCUCCUAUUUUAGCGGCCAAAAGCCCAUUCUUCUAUAAGCUCUUCUCAAAUGGCAUGAAAGAAUCAGAUGAACGGCUUGUGACCUUACGGAUCAAUGCCUCAGAGGAAGCUGCUCUGAUGGAGUUGUUGAACUUUAUGUACAGCAAUAGCUUAUCUGUUACCACAGCUCCUGCUUUAUUGGAUGUGCUAAUGGCUGCCGAUAAAUAUGAGGUUUCUUCAUGCAUGAGGUAUUGCAGUAGACAAUUGCGAACUUCACCUAUGACACCUGAGUCUGCACUGCUCUUUUUGGAGCUUCCUUCCAGUGUUUUAAUGGCUGAAGCCGUCCAAUCACUGACUGAUGCAGCAAAACAGUACCUUGCCACUCGUUAUAAAGACAUAACUAAGCACCAAGAAGAGAUAUUACUGUUUCCGCUUUCUGGGAUAGAGGCAAUAUUAUCUAGCAAUGAUCUUCAAGUAGCUUCAGAGGAUGCAGUAUUUGACUUUGUUUUGAAGUGGGCGCGGGCACAUUAUCCUUUGUUAGAGGAGCGGCGAGAAGUCCUUGGUACUCGUCUUGCUCAAUUCAUUCGCUUUCCUUUCAUGUCCUGCCGGAAGCUUAAGAAGGUAUUGACAUGUAUUGACUUUGAUCAUGAGGCUGCUUCCAAACUUGUGCUUGAGGCACUCUUUUUCAAAGCUGAUGUUCCACACAGACAGCGAGCCUUGAUUACUGAUGAGUCUACUUCUUCAAACCAUCGGUUCAUUGAGAGGACAUACAAGUAUCGACCUGUAAAGAUCAUUGAAUUAGAACUUCCUCGACAACAAUGUGUGGUAUACCUGGACUUGAAAAGAGAAGAAUGUACAAAUUUGUUCCCAUCUGGACGAAUUUAUUCUCAAGCAUUUCAUUUGGGAGGACAAGGAUUCUUCUUAUCUGCUCAUUGCAACAUGGACCAGCAGAGUUCCUUCCAUUGUUUUGGAUUGUUUUUGGGGAUGCAGGAGAAAGGUUCUGUGAGUUUUGCUGUCGAUUAUGAAUUUUCAGCGCGAUCAAAGCCGAGCGAAGAGUUUCUCAGUAAAUAUAAAGGCAACUACACAUUUACAGGUGGGAAAGCAGUCGGGUACCGAAACUUGUUUGGUGUACCCUGGACUUCCUUCAUGGCUGAAGACAGCGUUCACUUCAUUAAUGGCAUUCUUCAUCUAAGAGCAGAGCUUACCAUCAAGUCAUAACCUUCUCUUUUGUUUCUCAUCCCACAUUUUCUAUAUCAUAGCUCAUGAUUGAAGGAUUUAUUUUCAUGCUUAGUCCUUUUUAGAUAUUUUAUGUAUGGCAGGAAAAAGAAGAAAAAGAAAAAAAAGAAAGAAAAUGUAGGCGUCAGUUUUAUACUCCAUCCUAUAACUUUAGAAAGUGUACUACUUUUGGAUGUGUUCAGCAAUUCAAGAGAAUAUCUUCUUUGACACCUUAA